CAUGCUGUUUGCUGUUGUGUCUCAAAUCUGGCGUUAUUGGUGGAUAGAACUGAACGCUGACUUUGACAGGUGACAAUUCGGUGCCUUUGGCACGUACGAUGACGUAAGAUCCGGCACGCCGGAUCUCAUUCCGAAUACGCACAUUCGAGUAAUUAAUUAUACGGUGAAAAAUGAUGCCAUGCUAAUUGCCGGUUGACACGAAUUGAAGGACAACUCGGCGCAGCACAAACCGGUGUCUUCAGGCAUGGACAACAGUUUCGCGGCUGGCACUUCUUGAAGAUUGUCAGCAGGUGUUUGUAUAUACAGUUGUGUCACACUUCAAAAACUUUAUCAUGGCUUCUGCUACGGAGCAGCAACAGCAGCAGCAGCAGCAGACCACAUUGGAGUUUUACCAGGCGAUGGCCGACUUCAAGAACAUGUUUCCACAGAUGGAUGAUGAUGUGAUAGAGGCUGUGCUGAGAUCUAAUCAGGGAGCUGUUGAUACUACAAUCGAUCAGUUGCUCACUAUGAGCACUGAUAAUGAAAAUGAAAAAAUCAGGAGUGAACUGGAGCAGAAGGAAGAAGUCCCAAGUGUCGCCAAGUCACCGGCAAAAAGAGACCCUAGCAAAUUGUUAAAAAGUAAUCAAAAGUGGCAACCUCCACUAUUAGGACCAUUGCCGGAUACUUUUCUGAGACUUCCUCAGCAAACAUCAGAGGAUGGUGUUGACUCGUCGUAUUCGCAAGAGAACUCCAUGCUGGAGGACGAAAGAAUCGCCAUGUUUCUACAGAACGAGGAAUUCAUGGCGGAACUUCGUUGGAAUGAAGACUUUCUGUCCACAUUAGAGCACGACUCAAAGCUCGAGAAAGGUAGCAGUCAAGCCGGUCACGAUGACGAAGAUCUGUUCAAAGAGAGGCUAAAAAAUAUGGGCAAAUUGUCUCGGCGUAAAUUUGCGCAACUUACGAAGGUGUUCACUCGCAGUAAGAAACGCGGUGGCAGGCAAUUGCUGCCGCCGACAGCUUCACGCGACGAUCUCCUGGAUCCGGAAGAGUCAUCUAAGCCUCAAUCCUAAAAAGAAAUAUCUGUUAUUACAAUCCUGUGCAGAACCGUCUGUACUCAUCUCACUUCACACUGCGAAGAACGGCGAAAACUUAACGGCGUUUGCAGCUUAACGUAAUUUAGAUGUCACGUCACGGAAACAAGCAUAUCUAUGUUGUAACUUGCGAGAGACGCUGGUGUUAUGUUGGGAAUCGUGUAAGAUAUGUUAAUUAGCGGUUUAGAGAUUUCUGACUCGUACGACGGCCGAUGAUUAGCUAUGUGGAGAUAAUGGAAUUGCAAGGCUGAGAUGUUUAGAAGGUGCGUCAGUCAGAAAACGAAGAGACUCACCGAAGAUAGUGAAUAACAAGUAAAACGCUUAAAAAGAUAAAAAAAACAUUAUCAAAACGUACGUAUCUCAAGUAAAUAUGCAGAUAUACGUAUUAUAUAGGGAUAGUGCAUUAAUUAAUGUUAAUGUCUUUCCCAUUAAGGAUAUAGAUUUGUUCUAAUUCUUACAAAUUCAGUGUGAUAUUUUACCAUAUAUUGUGAUGCAAAUUUUGUUUUAAUAGAUUUUAUAUUCCGUUGUAAUGUACGUUGCUUGCGAUUGUGCGUACUAUCGCGUACGAUCGCUUAAAGACUGGCAUGAGAAAGUUUUCGCAGAAAUUUAUCAGGCGACAAUCCCGUGAGAUUGUUGCUGACGUUGGAAAAAUGUUUAAUUUAAGAUCGAUGGUCAUCGUUUUUACAUUAACGUGACAAUUGAGACGAAGAUUCUUAUUACACGCCAAGUACGUGAUGCAUUGGCUUUUUAUUUUUAACAAACGCGGCUACGAAAGUAGUUGAUCAUGUUGUGUAUAUAUAUACAUAAAAAUAUAUAUAUAUAUAUUUAUGUGUGUCUAUCGUGCGCCAAUAAUACGUUAAUGUUGUUAGGCAGGAUAGUUUAUCGAAAAUUUAGAAAUCGCAACAUCGAUCUUAAUUGGAUUGAAUCGGUUUUUUUGAAAAUUCAAUUCUUGAAAGAGUGGAGAUCCGGUCUCCUCGAAAUGACUGAUUUAUCAAAAGAAGAGCGGAUGAAGGCUCGUGCCACAUUCUUCCAAAAUUCUCAUCUCACUCUUACAAUAAUCGUACUUCGAUAAUUUCUCAAUGCCUCUCCUAUUAAAUUUAAAUAAUUUAAUUCAACGCUUGAAACACUACGAAUGUUAGACGCCUUCAUCCACUUACUCUUUCGGUUCUGCUUGCAAUCGCAAGUAGCAAGGGCACCUCCGUUAGUAAUAAAUCCUAGUCACUCAGUCUAGCCAUUAUUUAUUGAACGAGAAUCUGAUAUUGUAACGAUAUUGUGAAUGUAGAAAAUAUUUAUAAAAAUGGUCGUAUACAUAUAUGAAGAUUUUAAGAUCAUUUACAACAAUACGUGCUAUAAUGACAAAUACAGAUGUAUAAGAAUAAAUUGCGAGACGCAUGA